AUGACAGCUAUCCGGCGCCGAAACACCGAUAGACACUCAGACGAAAGAGCCAUGGCGGCCACGGGUGGAGGGAAAAUUAGAAGCAGGAGAUAUCACAUCGCCUCUAAACCUUACGCCAAGAGUAAACAGCCGUCAGGCAUCAUCAGUCGAGUGACAGACACAGUAAAGAGCAUCGUUCCUUCCUGGCUGCAGAAAUACUUCAAGAAGGAAGAUGCUCCUGAAGGAGGAGGAGAUGGACUGGGGAUGGAGCAGAACUGCCAGACUCCUCCUCCUCCCAAUGGCAGCGAAGAGGGCCCUCCUCUGCUUGAUGGACGAGACUCCCCAGAACCAAGCACCAGUAACACAGAGCCUUCAACCAGCCGGGCUUCCCUGAACUUUCAGGAGUAUGUGCUUUCUCGUCCACCUCUGAGUCGUUCCCAUCUCCACUUUCCCCCACUGGAUGCCUCUUCCCCGACCCUGGGGUCCCCCAGCAACCUCUUCUCCCAACCCUCCACCUCCUCUGCCCCUGGACCCUUUUCCACAGGCUUCUCCUUGGUCAAAGAAAUCAAGGACAACCUAUCGCAGCACGAAGAUGAUAACAUCUCCACCACUAGCGGAUUCUCCUCCCGCGCCUCAGAAAAAGAUGUUCCCACUUCCAAAACAGCAUCACUUCCACAACUUUGGUCCCCAGAGACGGACAGAACGCACUCUCACGGCUCUCAUCAUGCUCACCAGUCCAGUCUGAAAAGGCCUGCUUUCAACCUGUCUGUAUUUGGAACUUGCUCCAAUUCGUCAUUAAACAGCACAGUGCUGAACUCCAGCCAGCUCGGAGAUUCCCCCUUCUACCCCGGGAAGACCAUGUACGGGGGGGCAGCGGCAGUCAGGAGCGCUCGAGGUCGUCCUGGAACACCGUACCAGGCCCCAGUGAGGAGACAGAUCAAGGCCAAGCCUGCUGGGGCUCAGCCCUGUGGGGUGACCAGCGCCACAGCCAGGCGCAUCCUUCAGUCCCUGGAGCGCAUGUCCAGCCCCCUCGCUGAUGCAAGGAGAAUCCCAUCGGCUGCCUCGUCCCCCCGUUCAGCAUCAAUGGAUGGUUCAAAUCUAGAUGUUUCACAUUAUCAGUCGAAAAAGAAACGUAUGGAGCCCUCCCUCCCCCCGGUGCAGAAGCUCAUGGUUCCUGCUGCAGCGUCGGUGUCAGGAAACCGCUCCGUGUCGUUUAGGACGACUCUGACUCCUGGAGGGGUGAGCCGAACUCUGGACAGGACUCCCAGAGACACGCCCACAAGACAAUCACAGAAACUACCUGAAGCAACCCCAGGUCCAUCUAAAAGCACAAUGGGUUCCAGUGGCCCGGCCUAUCCUCUGUCCAGCACGCCUGCAGCCAGCAGCGUGGGCUCUGGGGGGGGGAAGAUGAAGCGAGAGAGGAUGAGUGCACGACCUUCCUCUAAACGCGUGGAUGAGGAAGAGAUGGCUGAGCUACCGGACCUACCAACCAUCGCCCUUCCCAUCCACACCAUGCCUUCCUUCAGCUUUACCUCCCCACUCCCACCUCCCACAACCACCAUCAGUGCGACCCCCAACUUCAUGCCAAUGACUCCCAUUAAGGAGACUGUCACGAAUAAGGAGCUACCAAAGGCCUUGACCCCUCCCUGUGUUCCUUUUACAUUUUCCUCCCCCAUUGUCAAAGCAACUGCUGGUAGUCCUCCUUCCCUUUCCCCCUCAGCUGAAUUCACUUUUAGUGCACCUGUAGCAAAGUUGGGUCCCUCCAUGUCAAAUGGGAACCUGGCCUCUCCCAUAGUCGCAGUGAAGUUAACCCCAAGCAAAAGCACAGAAGACUUUGAAGGACCUUUCAAACCAGCCAAGACCCUGAAGCAGGGCAGCGUGCUGGAUCUUCUCAAAGCACCUGGCUUUGCUUCUCCUGUUGCUCGGACCUCCCCAACCCCAGACGAAGCUCCCCAGCUGAGCUCAACACAAUCAACAGCCCCCUCCUUCUCCUCCUCCUCCACCACCACUACAACCACCUCCUCCCUCACAUCAAUAGGCUUUGGUGCUGCGUUCAAAGCUCCACCAGGCUGGAGCUGUGAUGUCUGCAUGGUGCAGAACAAGCCAUCGGACACCAAGUGUGUGUGCUGUUGUGCCCCACAGCCCAAAUCUAUGGACAGUAAACCUUUAACAGCCACCCCGGAUGUGGUAGAGAGCAGCGGCUCCUCCACCACAUCAACCUCUGCAGGUUUUGGCACCAUGUUCUCCAAAUCCGCAGGAACCUGGGACUGUGAUACGUGUCUAGUUCUAAACAAACCUGAUGCAGUCAAAUGUGUGGCCUGCGAAACGGCCAAACCUGGGACAGGGCUUAAGCCCUCAACGACUCUUCCUUCUGCCUUCUCAGCUGUAAAGACUGUAUCCCUACCCACAGCCCCCGUCUCUACAGCGUUUACUGGAUUUGGAGACAAGUUCAAAAAAGCUGAGGGAGCAUGGGAAUGUGAUACAUGUAUGGUAGAAAACAAGGCAGAGGACACAAAGUGCGUGGCCUGCAGCAGCGCCAAACCAGGAGCCUCUUCUUUAGCCAGCAGUGCUCCAUUGAUUGGGUUUGGAGAUGCGUUCAAGAAGCCAGAGGGUGCCUGGGAAUGUGACGUCUGUCUAGUGCAGAACAAGGCUGCUGAUGUACAGUGUGUGGCCUGUCAGACAGCCAAACCUGGAGCUAUUGUGGAGCCCAAAGCUUUUGGUUCGUCUUUCGGUUCGUCAGCUGGUGGGACUUCAGGCACUACUUCUGGAGGAUUUAAGUUUGGCACAACAGACAGUACCUUGGGAUCCGGAGCCGCAGGUUUCAAGUUUGGAGGCUCAUUAACAGAGUCCUCCUCUUCAUCGUCAGGUGGAUUCAAAUUUGGAGUCCCAUCAGAAAGUACAUAUAACGACACUACUGCCUCCUCUGGGUUUAAGUUUGGCAGCUCAUCGGAGGGCUUUACAUUUGGGGAUGCCGCUAGUGAUGACAAAAAGUCAGACCCACCUGCCGCAGGUUCUGGGUUUAAGUUCGGAGCCAGCGGUGGGAUCCCGUUUGGAACCGGAUCCUCUAGCACAGAAAGUAACUCCUCUAAGACCGGCUUCACCUUUGGACUUUCAAAACCCGAAGAGAAAACACCCGACAGCUCCUCAUCUUCACAAGAGAAAAGUGAAAGCGCAGCAUCAUCAAAUGACACCGCAUCCACAAACUCAACUUCAAGUAAGGGGUCUGUAUUUGGGAGAUUGGGCGAUCGUAGUUCAACGACCCCCACACCACCGGGGGGCUCCACGUUGGGAUCUCUACAGGCGGCGGACAAAGAGCCAGCUGCUCCCACCUUUGCCUUUGGGAAGCCAGAGGAAAAGAAGGAAGCUGCCGCGUCCUCGGCUCCAUCCGGCUUACUCUUCGGAGCUGCUAGUAAAGAUGCCGAGGCUGCUCCAGCACCGGCCGCCACUGGAGGAUUCUCCUUCAACAAGACCAGUGCUCCAACAGAACAACCCCCACCCACUUUUAACUUUGGCAAGCCAGCAGACAAGAGUGAAACAACUACUGCAGAGGCCCCGAACCCGUCUUUCACCUUUGGACAGAGUGCUGCAGAUUCUUCUGCUGCUCCAAAACCAGCAUUUUCCUUUAUGUCUGGUAAUCCCAUCGUCAACUCCACCACCUCUACAUCCACCACCCCGACGCCCACUCUGUUCGGCUCCUCCAGCAGCAGCAGCAGCUCCACUCAGGCUCCCUUCGCAGCUCCUAGCACUUUAAUGUUCGGUCAGCCUGCUGCCUCCUCCACCGACGCUCCUCCGGCCAAAGCCUUCCUGUUCGGCCAGAAUCAGGACAGCCAGUCGGCGGCACCGUCAGCGGUCAACCUGAACUCCAUCUCCUCCUCCGCUCAGCCCUUCCUCUUCGGUGCUCCUGCUGCCGCUGCUCCUCCUCCUCCUGCUGCUGCUGCUGCUCCAUCAUUCGGCUUCGGAGCAGCUGCGCCCUCUGCUGCCUCUUCUGCAGUUCCGUCUGCAGCUCCCUCUCCAUUUGCGUUCAGCUCGGCCCCCUCUGCUGGAUUUGGGGCGAACCAGACCCCUUCAUUCGGCUCCACCUUUGGAUCUCCCUUCACCGCCGCACCCUCCCAGCCAUUUGGAGCCAAACCCAACGCCGCCCCGGUGUUUGGGCAGCAGAACAACUCCACACCCGUCUUUGGGGCCGCUGCUAAUUCUGCACCAGGCGGAGGCUUCCAGUUUGGAGGAGCCAGUGCAUUUGGAGCCCCAAACAACGCCUCAGGAGGAGGAGUGUUUACUUUUGGAGGAGGGCCUGCCGCUUCCCCGGCCCCCCCUGCCAACCCCUCCAUCCCACCCCAGGCCCCUGGAGGCGGAUUCAACUUUUCACAACCCCCCGCAUUCAAUAUUGGGGCCGCAAAAACCUUCACCGCCUCCUCCCCUGCUGGACAGCCGGCGAUCGCUGGGCGUAAGAUCAAGACAGCGGUGCGGCGCAGGAAGUAAAGCCCUGCGGACUCGACUUUAAAGAAGACUUGACUUUGACUUGACUGUAUCCCCACUGAAGGCUGAACAGAGUCCUGGACGGCCUCAGCUAGACAAACACUGAAAGGACUCGGCAUGUGAAGAAGGGCAGAGGCUCGGUGCCGCGUUGUGCUCGGGCUGGACGGCGGGCGGGUGUUUGAGCUGAAGGCUGGGCUCAAUAUUCAAAAGUUUUCACAUUUAGCCCGGAGCUGUUGAUAUGCGAGACAGAUCCCACAGGACUUGAAAACAAUGUUGACUGAACAAUAAAAGUGAUUUAGAAAACAACAAUCAACCAGGGACCCCCUGCUCAACACGACGAAACAACAAGACGUCAUAUCUAUAUUUUGAACACUGGCAAAUGUCUGCUAGACUUUAGGCAUGACUUUUUGUAAUAAAAUCACAAAGGCAAAAACUGCAAAUCUAAAGAGUUGCGAGUGUUCACAGAAUCUUAUUAAUUAGUAUGGGUGAAGUGCAGAGCUGUAGUGAGAGCUGUGCGGGGAAUCUCCAGCGGCCAUCCGAAAAACUAUUAAGACUGCUCCUCUUACGGGAAUCAAAGAUGCCGCUGGAGAUGUAGCCGCGGCGUGCUGUAUGUACAGGGAUGAGCGUGUAAACUUUGUGUUGAAUGCAGCGUGCUUGUUUUGUUUUUUUCUCCCCUCUCUUAUGUACAGACUUUGAGGUGUGUUUGGUUUAUUUGUACAUGCUGAGGUUUCGUGAUGGUGUGCGUAUGAGAACUGAACGAGAGUUAUCGCCUGGGCCGCUAGCAUAGCCGCGCCAUGGGCGAGCAAGCAAAUGAAUGUUAAAAACAAAAACAAGCGGAGGACGGACGGAUGGAGGGUGGGAGAGGGGGAAAUGUAUCCAUGCACUGUGGAGGAUGACGCCCCUAAGGACUUUGUAAAUGCAUAGAUUCAAAACUCGUUACAUGUUUGAUUCUUUGGUUCGCUCCACUUCUCUGCUUUUUGUGCCGUCUUGUCUCUCUCCUUCUUCCUCCUUCAUCCUUAUACUCUCCUUUUACCUCUCUCUGCCUCUUCCUCUCUCUAUCUCUUAAUUGGCCUUUGAAUAUUAUUAUAAAAACCUGUAAAUAGUGAAGUUUCUUUUUUAAUCUGUGAAGUUGAAUUUUUUUUUUUGUGUGUUACCAACUCCGCAUUCAACAUUUUUGUCUUUAGAAUUUAUUAUGUAAAUUCCUAUAUUCAAAGUUGCCCGAAUCCAUUUAAAAGGAGCUUAAAUGCAAAUUGGAGAGCCUUUGACGACUAAAGGUAUAUUGGCUUUUCUGAUCCACUUUUGUUUGGACCAAAACCAGUAUUGUACAAAGUAUUAAGUAUAUAUUUUUCUAUUGCGUGUUUAAAUGGACAAGGGUGACUUUGGAUGAUACGGAAGUCAGUUUAAUUUUAAAGCCAUGAUUAUUACUGAAUGAGUGAUAAAAUUAAAACCAUGGGUAAUUGCCAUCAAUAAAACUAUAAAAAUAA